ACAAGAAAGAAACGGAGCUUCUUCUUAGUCUCCGCCUGAACAGGUAAACUGAUUACAAAGGGAUUCCUUCUUAAUCAAAAAAUUGAGGAGCUAGUUGUUUUAUCAUUGUUAAGCUUUGUUGAGCUUAGAUGGAUAAAAGUUGGAUGCAGAAGGGUAGAUGCCACCCUGACUAUUUUCGUGGAUGCGAGGAAUUCAUAAAUUUUGCUUGGUCUCAUCGUACUCCUGAUUUAGGUGAAAGUAUUUUUUGCCCCUGUUUGAGAUACAAUAAUGUGAACUGCUUGGGUAGAGAUGUGGUGCGAGAGCACAUUCGAGAGAAUGGAAUAAUACAUAGUUACACUUGUUGGACAAAACAUGGAGAACCUGAAGAGCUAGUUAAUAAUAUUGGGGAAGAAGUCACAAAUGUUAUAGGUGAGGGUGAUAUGCAUGGGAUGUUACAAGCUGCGUUCCCUGAAUCAAGGUUUUUCGCCGGGGAUGGUGAAUUUCCAGAUCAAGCCAAUACAAAUGGAUCAAGUCAGCAUGAUCGUGUUCCAGAUGAGCCGCAUGUGGAGGCCCAGAAAUUUUACAAGUUGCUGAAAGAUGCAGAAAGACCGUUGUUCCCUGGAUGUACAACAAGUUCGAAAUUAAGUCACAAUGGACAUACCACUUCUCAACAUGACAACACAGGGUAUAACGGGCAUGGCCUCGACAUUCCACCAGUGCAUAAAGUUCCCAAUGCCAGUGGGAAUUGGGAUAAUCAGAGGAGAUACUUCAGAAGAUGAAGCUAGAGAUUGCAAUAAAAUCGAUGUUGAUCAAUGUGAAAGACGCACAUGGAAGCAAAAAAAUGCAAAAGAAAGGGAGAAAGAAGAAAAAAGGAAAGAAAGAUUAAUUUCCAGCACCAUAAGCAAGGGUGAAGAUAAUGAUCGUUCAAACACCACUCCUACACUCCCACCAAACCCGAUCACAAAAUUCUGGAAGGAUACAAAAGAAGGAACACAUAUCGAAGGCUCGUCAAUAUCAGGAGAAAACUACUUCACAAAAUGGGAAGUAGAAUCAUGGGACAGAAGAAGUAUUAUCUCGAAGGCAAACAAGACAUACCUAAAAAAAGGAUGAUAAAGUAUUAUGCGUUGCUCCACCACACCAGAAGGGAACGAAAAAUAUUAAAGAGAAAAUGUGGCAGGGACCUUACGUUGUGAAGAAAAAUAUGGAAGAAUAUAGAAUGCGAAUUAUAUGGAGUAGAAGGGCGAAAACUUAACCAAUCAGAGAGGCAAAUUUACCAAAAGAUACGUUCUACUUAGAUAAAGAAAGGGAAAUACAAGCGAAUGGAUUAACUAAAGAAUAAGAAAUCUCCAUCAUGUAAUGAUCCAGUUUAUGAAUGUUCAAUGCGAAAUUUCUUCUUC